AUGCAGAAUAUAGACCCAGCAACGAAGAGGAGGAAAUAAACUAGAGUGAGAAGAUAACUCGUAAAUAAGACUUUACAUGAAGAAAGUGAAGAAAAUUACUAGGUUGAGGUUUAAUAGAAAGUAACGAAAAAAUAUCAAAAUUAUUUACAUGCCAUUCAAAAAAUGGGAGAAUUCGAUUGGACAGACGUCGAGAAUACAAACAACCCCAAGGUUAUUUACCCAAGUAUGCAAUAUCUGAUUUCUAGUUCAAUUUUUGCAAGCAUCUACUUUACAAUUUAUGAUUGGAGCGAUGUAUUUCAAUUGUGAUCAUGACUAUCUUCAACAUAACCUUUAAGAAGUUCAGAAAUUGCUCAAGAAAACUGAAUAAACUAAUGGAACUUUAUAAUAAGAGUAUAAUUAUCGAUUAAUUAAGUGAUUGUAAAAAAUAGAAAAAUAAAAAAGGGUAUGAUGUGAAUGAUGAUAUAUUCAUUUUAGAAAUGAGACAGUUGAGAAUUCAGGAUUUAGACGACAUCAUAGCCAAUUAAGAGUAGCAUUAUUUUAUAUAUAAAGAUUGUAAUUGGAAAAAAUUUAGAAGGAAAAUGAAGAAGCCCUACAACAUUUUUUAACAGAUGAUAUUCCAGAUCUUAAACCAUCAAUCAAAACUGAUUAAUCUAAUAGUCUUUUGAGAGAUAUUUUUGGAUUAACAGAGUUUGAAAAGUAAUACAUAGAAAAAAUAGAACUUAAAAUAUAGACAGAUGGAUAAAAUGUUAUUACUUAAGAAACAGGUAAGAAGACCUAGGGAGGUCGAAGUCAUUUGCAACCAAUUUUGGAUGAUGCUCUUUGUUAAGUUUGCAAUGAUGGAGAUUAUACAGAUGAUAAUUUAAUAGUAUUCUGCUCUAAAUGCAAUAUAUCAGUCCAUUAAAAGUGCUACCUAAUAGAAGUAAUACCAAAUGAAGAUUGGAUUUGUGAUGUCUGUUAGACAUUUGGACCAAAUGGAUAAUAUUUACGUUGUGCUUUAUGUCCUAAACUAGGAGGAGCCAUGAAGCCAACUUAAAUUGAUGCUUCUUGUUUUGAAAACUUAAAUUAAACAUAUUUUGAAUCCCAAGGGGAAACAAUGAUGAAAAAUGAUUUAGUGUCUAAAUUAUGUAAGUAUAUUAACGACAUAAAUAGUCUAAUAAAUAGAUGAUGACGAAGAACUUUAUUACGAUUUUAGUAAAUUGCCAAAUAGAGACAUUAGAGAUCUUGAAAACAAUAAAGAUAUCAAAGAACCUUAACCACAAAAGGUUUGGAUUCAUUUGUCCUGUUUCUAUUGGUCACCUGAAUGUUUUCUAGACGAAAAGCAAGACAUAUUGAGAGGUGUUGAUAACAUUAAUCAAAAGAGAUUUACUCUGAAUUGUAGUUUAUGUAACAUCAAAAAGGCUGGAAUGUGUAUCUAAUGUGCGAGAAGCAGUUGUUAAACUGGAUUCCAUGUUGAAUGCGCCAGAAGAUCAGGGAUAUUUUUAACUUAAACUAUUGUAAAUACAAAACCAGAUUACUAAAUAUUUUGUUAAAAGCAUGUUCCACUUAAAGUCAAACGAAUUUUGGAAUCGAAAUAACGAUUAUAUGAAAGAGAAAUUAUUGAUUUCUUUAGAGCCUAUGAAAGAUGCAAAUCUGUUCACAAAAAGUCUUAAUAAAGAGUUAAGAAAGCAAAAUCAUCCAAGGAAUCUCAAUAAUAGUUGGAACUCUAGGAUCAUUAGGAGAAUGAGUUUGAUUUAAUUGAUUUUGCAAUAAAAUUAAAAGAAUUUAUUGACUAACUAUUAGAUUAAAAAUUCAUAGUAAAUUUAAGAUAAGAACAAGGUAAAUAUGUUUUUGAGUCUCUAACAGAACCAUAAUUGAAAUAAUAAAAAUAAUAUUACUUAACUAAACUACCAGAAGUAUAUUAAAGUAAGGUAGAUUAAAAUGGAUUAAUAAUUACGUAAUUCUAUAAAAGUACUAUCACUGCAACUGAUGAGUUAUGGAAAUUCUUCAAAUACAGAGACUUUGAAAAAGAUAUCAUUUAUAAAAUGUAUGAAAAAUUGAGAAGAAGAGCAAGUAAGUUCAUGCAAGAAUUAAAUCCACAAAAAAAGUAGGCCAAAUUGAUAGAUAUGCUUAUGUUAAAGAAAUUCAAAAAAAGCAAAAAAUCUGAUUAGAAAAAAGAGAUAUUCAUUGAAUAAGUAGGGGAUGAGUAUUAUUAAAGAGAUGACAAUUUAUAUUGUGUUUGCAGAGGCAAAUUUAAGGAUGGAGAUCCCAUGAUUUGUUGUGAAUCUUGUGAGGAAUGGUUUCAUUUUGAUUGCUUAGAAAUAAUAAUCCCUUAUGAGGAAAUAAGCAAAAUGAAUUUCUACUGUUUUCUUUGCCUAGAUGAAUUGUCUAGGGAGAGAUAAAUUGAAAUAUAUAGCAGUUAUGCAAAUGUAUUUAAGGAUACUUCUUUUAAAUUGCAAAGAGAAUUAGCAGAUAAAUGUGCAUUAAAUGAAUCUCGAAAAACUAGAAUGAAUGAAUAAAAGGAGGCUAAGUUAAUUGAAGAGAACAAUACAAUAGAGCAAGACAAUCAAUAAUUAGAAUAGAUUUAGGCCGAAUAAUAAAAUAAUAAAUAAAAUUUUGGACCUUUAGAAGAAUCUGAUCUUUAUGUCAAUAAAUAAUUGUAAAAGGAAUUGAAUUCUGGAGAAAAUAAUGAUAUAUAAAUAGAGAUGCAAAAUGAUGGAAUUGAAAAGAAUAAAAAAGGGGAUGAGCAUGUUAAGACUCCCAGCAAGACACAAUCGGUUGAGGAUCCUGAUAAUAAAUUAGAAGUACCAGAAACUUAAGAAAAACUAAAUAGCAAACUUAAAUAAAAAUCUAUUCAUAACUAUAUACCUAAAUAGUGA